AUGCGGGCGCUGGGUGAACACAGGGCUGUUUGUUUCAGCGGCCGCGUUCUUGCGGGGCGCAGUUCUGUUCCGCGGCAGCCGCAUGAGGGUGGGAUGGCGCCGAAGGAAAAGAAGACUAAGGAGCAGAUUGCCGCGGCCGCGGCCGCCGGCAGCAAGAAAAACAAGAAGAAGUGGUCCAAGGGGAAGAGCAAGGACAAGCUGAACUACGCUGUCAUGUUCGACCAGGCAACUUUGGACAAGUUCAUGGCAGAGGUGCCCAAGAUGAAGUUGGUGACGCCGUACACAAUUUGUGAAAGGCUACGCAUCAACGCUUCGUUAGCUCGCAGGGGAAUCCGGGAGUUGUAUAGCAAGGGGCUGAUUAGGCCUCUUGUUGAGAGCUUGUAUGAUGACCCCAAUGAUAGGCCUGAAGCCACCUCUGGUGGUAUUGACGAUUACAGAGCCAAUUUUUUCUGA